AUGGCCAACAAGCAGGACCCCCCAAUCCCGGAAGAACCUCGCUACCUGCACUUCAAAAACUCCCAACCCGGCUCAGGCCUCAAUCGCUUCUCCUCCACCCUCACUCGCGAACAUGACUACCCUGCCGCUCAAGCAAUGCUCUACGCAGCCGGCGUACCCAACGAGCACGUCCUCAAAACCUACCCGCAAGUCGGCAUCGCCUCGGUCUGGUGGGAGGGAAACCCGUGCAACACCCACCUCCUCGACAUUGGCAAGGAAGUCAAGCGAUGUAUCGAGAAGCAAGAGAUGUUAGGCUGGCAGUACAACACCGUGGGUGUGAGUGAUGGCAUCGCAAUGGGCAGCGAGGGAAUGCGAUUCAGUCUGCAGACUCGGGAGUUGAUCGCAGAUAGCGUAGAGACAGUGACAUGUGCACAAGCUCACGACGCAACCAUUGCAAUCCCUGGUUGUGACAAGAACAUGCCCGGGGUCAUCAUGGGCAUGACCCGCCACAACCGUCCUUCACUCAUGAUCUACGGCGGAUCAAUCAACCCGGGCUACUCCAAACUCCUCAAAAAACCCAUCAACAUCGCCUCUGUCUACGAAGCCCACGGAGCCUACAUCUACGACACCCUCAAAAACCCCUCCGACCCUUCUCAAACCAAAGAAGACCUCCUCAAAGACAUCGAACAAAACGCCUGUCCUACCUCCGGCGCUUGCGGCGGCAUGUUCACCGCCAACACCAUGGCCACAGCAAUCGAAACACUCGGCCUCACUCUCCCGGGCUCCUCCUCCACACCCGCCACAUCCCCUGCCAAAAUGCGCGAGUGCGCCAAAGCGGCAGAAGCCAUCAAAAUCUGUAUGGAACAAAACAUCCGUCCCCGCGACUGCCUCACCAAACCCGCCUUUGAAAACGCUCUGGUCAUGAUGAUGGCCCUCGGAGGUUCCACCAACGGCGUGCUCCACCUCCUCGCCAUGGCAGGAACCGCAGAAAUCGACCUCACUCUCGCCGACUUCCAGCGGGUCUCCGACAAAGUCCCUUUCAUCGCGGACAUCGCCCCAUCAGGGAAAUACCUCAUGGUCGACCUCUACGAAAUCGGCGGCAUCCCGUCCGUUCAAAAACUCCUCAUCGCCGCGGGUCUCCUCAACGGAAACACAAUCACCAUCACCGGCAAGACUCUCGCGCAAAACGUCGAGUCCUGGCCGAGUUUAAAGCAAGGCCAGGAAAUCAUCCGCAGUUUAGAUGAUCCCAUCAAACCCACCGGACACCUCGAAAUCCUGUACGGGAACCUCGCGCCCAAUGGCGCCGUGGCGAAGAUAACGGGGAAAGAAGGGAUGGUCUUCACCGGCAAGGCGAGGGUGUUUAAUAAAGAACACGAACUCGACGACGCCCUCAACUCUGGCUCGAUCCCCAGGGACGAGAACCUCGUGUUGGUCGUCCGCUACGAAGGACCGAAAGGUGGACCCGGUAUGCCAGAACAACUGAAAGCUUCCGCUGCCAUCAUGGGCGCGGGACUCACCAACAUAUCCCUCAUCACAGACGGGAGGUAUUCCGGUGCGUCGCACGGUUUCAUCGUCGGGCAUAUUUCACCAGAGGCGGCGGUGGGGGGACCGAUUGCGGUAGUGGAGGACGGGGAUGUGAUUACGAUUGAUGCGGAGAGGAAUGUGAUUGAGAUGGAUGUAACACCUGAGGAGUUGGAGGGGAGGUUGAAAGGGUGGAAGGCGCCGAGGAUGCCGGUUACGAGGGGGGUUUUGGCGAAGUAUGCGAGGUUGGUGGGGGAUGCGAGUACGGGAGCUAUGACGGAUUUGUUUUGA